GUGCUAGCCUCACAAAUCAUGUACAUGUGUUGAGUGAAAGGGGUUAGUAAACGGUACAUAGCAGGCUCUUGUAUACAGAAUACAAAUUUGCACAGGUUCCGGGUGCGUUUUUUGGUCGCCCAGAGUGAGACGCCAUGGAUGACAUAGCCUUUGACGACAGGAAACACAAGCGCGACAAGAGAUCGUUUCUGUCUGUUUCAUGGCAGCAACUUGCCGCCGUGGGGCUUGUAGCCGUUCUUGGAGUUUGUUUGGGAGUUUUGAUUGGGUAUUUUUCCCGAGGUGGCACCGCCCUCCCCACGGAUAGCUGGGAGUACAUGUUGACCCAUGAAGGACCAGCCUGGGUCAGUCAACGCCUCAUAGACGACAUCAGCGCCGCCAAUAUAGAGGAAAACCUCCGGCUUCUCACUCAGACGACGCGUCUCGCCGGUACUGCAUCUGACCUUCAAGGCGCCCAAUACAUCCGGGACAGGUGGUUGGCUGAUGGGUUGGAUCACGUGAUGUUGACGCCCUAUGACGUCGCCUUGUCUUAUCCAACAACUCCGAACACCGUUACUAUGGUAGCAGCAAACGGGACGGUAGUUUUCACCGGCAGGAGGAUAGAGGAGGGGUUUGAGAAUGACCCUGAUGCCGUCACGUAUUACAGUGCCUACUCCCCACCAGGAGAGGCGGAGGGUGACCUGGUAUUCGCCAAUCACGGCUCUAUGGAAGAUUUCCAGUAUCUAGUGGACCAGGGUGUGGACUUGGCGGGAAAAAUCGUCAUCGUGAAAUACGGAGCCGUCGGUCGUGGGGACAAGGCUGUGAACGCGGAAAAGUUUGGCGCGCUGGGCGUCAUCGUGUACUCCGACCCGGGAGACUAUGGCAACCCUGACGGACCCAACUACCCGGAAACGUGGUUUCUCUCCGGAUCCGGCGUGCAACGCGGCUCCCUCAACGGCGAUUACGGUGACCUCUUGACACCAGGAUACCCGGCAAAGGAAUACGCCUACCGCACAGACAUCAACAACAUCACAGCAACUGGGCUGGCGUCAAUCCCCACUCAGCCAAUAGGAUGGGAGGAUGCUGCCACACUCAUGAGACACCUGUCCGGCCCAGCGGCUCCAAGUGACUGGCAGGGCGGGCUUGGGUUUAACUACUCGGUAGGACCCGGCUUUGUGGGACCGUACGCUAACAGGAAGGUGCAUUUGAAAGUGACCAAUCAAAACGUUCUGAGGAGAACCUACAACGUCAUCGGCACCAUCAGGGGUAGUGUGGAACCGGAUCGUUACGUUCUGUACGGAAAUCACCGUGACGGCUGGGUGUAUGGGGCGGUGGACCCGACCUCUGGCACCGCCUGUAUGCUAGAGAUCAUACGGGUCCUUGGCGCACUCGUCAAGUCUGGAAGUUGGAGACCGAAGAGGACCAUAGUAUUUGGCAGUUGGGGUUCGGAGGAAUUCGGUUUGAUAGGGUCAACUGAAUGGGCAGAAGAGUAUGUCAAGACCUUGACACAAAGAGCUGUUGCCUACAUUAACGUGGAUAUAGCAGUUAUGGCAAAUGAUACCAUGCGGGUGCGCGGUAGCAAGCUCUUGCAGACAGCCAUCUUUGAUGCUACGAAGAAGGUACCAUCUCAUGAAAGGAGUCUCGUGUCAGAUGCGGGAAACAGAAAGUCUCGCAUGAAGAGGGCGGGCCUUGAGAAAAGCUUGUACGAGACUAUGGUUGAAAACACACCAAACGUCAAUGGACAACCAGCUGAAACUCCGCGGUUCCUUGAAAUGGGCCGUGGUAGUGAUUAUGUCGUGUUCUACCAUCGACUUGGGAUUCCAUCUGUUGAUCUCAUGUUUGUUCAAAAUCGUGAGAAACCAGGUGUCCAGCCAGUGCCCAUCUAUCCCGCCUACCACACUGCCUUCGAUACCUUCGAUUAUGUCAAACGGUUUAUUGACCCUGAGUUUAAGGCUCACCAAGCAGUGGCUCGGGUCGCCAUAGAAACAGUGCGCGUCCUCUCUGAUUCCAUGAUCCUACCCUUUGACCUCCUGUCGUUUGCGGACAAGAUGCAGGCCUAUCUGACAGGUGUGCAGUUAGAACAUGGGGAGGUGCUGACGGCACAAGGUGUUUCCCUUGAAUAUCUUGAAUCAGCAGUCACCAACUUCACUUCUGCUGCAGUGAGAUUGGAGAGGAAGAUUGGAGAUGUCAACAAACUGAAUCCCCUGGAUGUCCGUGCUCUAAACGACAAGUUACUGUACCUGGAGAGAGCAUUCAUUGACCCACUAGGCCUGCCAGGACCACCCUUCCUCUGGCAUGUUGCGGCAGGAUUCAGCAGGUUCAACUCCUCAUCCGCUGCCUUCCCAAGUCUGACCGACGCCAUCCUGGAUGACAGCAUCAUGAAUCCUGAACAACGUUUGGAUGCCAUCAACAAACGCCUGUCAGUCAUAACGUUCAUCAUCCAAUCAGCAGCUAGCAUAUUAACAGAAGCUGGAAUGGAGUCAUAGCUUGUAUUCUGAUGAAGAUAUCUGUUUUCACACUACCGAUUGUAAUGGAGUCCAGUCACUUUCUACCAGGACUGUCUCCAGCUUUAGCUAUGUUUCUUUCCCAUUCACUGUUUGACUUAAUUCAAAUUGCGACAAUUCAAUUGUUUCCUUUUAUUCAAAUUCACAAAUUCACUGUUUGGGAGUCCAAUUGUUGUUGCUUUUGUUGUUGAAUGUAAUUUAAAGCUGGCAAAAAUGCAUUUUCAUCUACUUCAUAUGAUGAUUUUGGGACAAAUGGAGUGAAAUUUGUCCCGGGACGGAGGGAGGGUCCUCGAGACAAUAAUUUUUUUAAUCAUCUUUGGCAGAGACUGUUAUUCAUACGAGUUGAACUUCUUUAUUAGGCACAAUGAUUGGAAUGUACAAGCUAUGUACAUGUACAUGUAUGUAGUUGAAAUGUGAAUUCAAAGCCCCAUGACACCAUUGUAUGAUGCAAUACAUAGUCUGAUAAUAUAAUUACACUGUGUAUACCAUUGAAUUGCAAUUGCCAUUAAAUCUAGAGAUCACAAAAUAUGCUUCUGUAUGGUUGGUACUAGUGCAUUCCU